CCUAAUCCGUGCCUCACCCCUUUUUCCAUCCCGCCUGUAAACCGCAACAUCUCGCGGCUGCGAGCUUUUCUCCUUUCUUCGCUUUCUGCUGCUUUAAAGCAACCGUCGGUAACGACCAUGUCUACCAACGAGCGCUUCGACUGCCAUUACUGCAAAGAAUCCCUGCUGGGGAAGAAGUACAUCAUGAAAGAGGACACACAGUACUGCACUAAGUGCUACGAGAGCCUGUUUGCCAACUGCUGCCAGAGCUGCUCCCUGCCCAUUGGCGCCAACUGCAAGGACCUGUCCUACAAGGACCGUCACUGGCACGAGGAGUGCUUCAAGUGCGCCAAGUGCAGCCGCUCCCUGGUGGAGAAGGCCUUCGCCGCCAAGGACGACCUGAUGCUGUGCACCGAGUGCUUCGCUCACGACUACUCGUCCAAGUGCGCCACCUGCAAGAAGACGGUCAUGCCAGGUUCCCGCAAAAUGGAGUACAAGGGAAAGAGUUGGCAUGAGACGUGCUUUCUGUGCCACCGCUGCCAGCAGCCCAUCGGAACCAAGUCCUUCAUCCCCAAAGACGACGGCUUCUUCUGCGUGGGCUGCUUCGAGAAGCAAUUUGCCUACCAGUGCUGCGCGUGUAAGAAGGCCAUCACCACGGGCGGUGUGACGUACCAGGACAAGCCGUGGCACCGCGAGUGCUUCCUGUGCAUCGGCUGCAGGAAGCAGCUGUCGGGCCAGCGCUUCACCUCCAGGGAAAACUACCCGUACUGCCUGGAGUGCUUCAGCGAGCUCUACGCCAAGAAGUGCGUGGGCUGCACCAAGCCCAUCACCAGCCUGGCCGGGGCCAAGUACAUCUCGUUCGAGGAGCGUCAGUGGCACAGCGAGUGCUUCACGUGCGGGCAGUGUUCCGUGUCCCUGGUGGGCCGAGGUUUCCUCACCCAGCGCGACAACAUCCUGUGCACCGACUGCGGACGCGAGAAGUGACAAGCUACGCUCAAAGGAGCAUCGAGCUAAUGUUUACGAAUGAGAGGCAGCGCAAAGAUCAACAAAGUGUCUUUAAACGGAAUGUUUGUACAACCCUUUGAGGCUUUUUGUUAAGUUUUACACUAGAUUUUAGUUGCACAGGCAAGUCUUUUUUUUCAUUGUCAAAGUGUUCACUAUGCAAUACCCUACCUACCAUACCUACUUACUUACCUACCCUACCUACUAUAUCAUACCCUACUUACAUAGAUACCCAUUCCUACCUAUCUACUUGUCUUAUCUACCAAGUCUAUCCUACCCUACUGUACUGACUAUAUUAUUGUCUACCUACCUAGUUAGUGACCCUACCUACUAUAUUGUAGCCGGCCAACCAACUCUCCCCUACCUACUAUAUUAUACCCUACCCAUUCAUACAUUGGCAACCAACACUACCUACCUACUUUAUAUUUCCCUACCGACCUACUUGUCCGACUUAACCACACUGCCUACUACAGUAUCUUACCUACCGACAUACCAAAUCUCCCCAACCAACUAGAGUAUAUUUUACCCUACCUGCCUGCUUGCCCUGUUUACAUACUCUGCAUUACCUAGCUGUAAUAUCAACCUACCUGCUUGCCCUAUCUGCUGACUCUAAUUUACCCUACCUACAAUUAUACCAGAACUUCCUAUCUUUCCUAUCUACCUACCUUUCCUACCUACCUGCUUUACUCUGUUUACCAUCAUACUUACUCACUUGCCCUCUAUACGUACUCUAUCCUCCCAUACCAACUGUAUCAACCCUGACCUAUCUACUUGCCCUAUCUACCUUCUCUACCUUACCUACUGUAUUAUACAUUUCACACUACCUACUUGCGUAUGCUAUCUUGUUACUCUCCCCUACCUACCAUAUUACACCCCAUGUACCUAACAUCUUGUUUUUCCUAUUAUAACCUACCGACCUACUUUCAUUAUGUACCUAUUCUCCCCUAUCUACUACAUUUAUUUUGUUGCAUUUGCCUGCUUUGAAGCUAAUUGUAGAAAAAAAAAACUAGAAUGGCACUUAGUGGCAUGCAUAUCAACAUCAAAUUGUACACUUUCACAAAGGCCUUAAUAAACGCAGUUUUGUAUAAACGCAGACACUGAAAGAGGGAGGGAGAAAUUAAU